ACCGACAAAAGUUGUUAACAGAUUGUCGUUCCGUAACGGGGCAGAUGAAUCUUUUUCGUCUGUACAGAACCAGUCAAAUAUCUGUGCAAAAAUACACCAGUAUGAGCGUACCGAAAGUAAAACUAGCGCUUAUUGAUCUCAGUGGUACGUUGCAUGUUGACGACCAGCCGACCGAAGGAGCCGUCGAUGCGUUGAAAAGACUUCGGCAACAUGGUGUCCGGGUAAAGUUCGUCACGAACACAACGAAGGAAAGUGUCCAGUCGUUGUAUAGCCGGCUGCGUAAAAUUGGCUUCGAGCUUGAGCGGGAAGAAAUCUACGGUUCGUUAGCAGCCGCCUCUGAAUACGUUCGCAAAAAUGCUCUCAACCCGUACUAUCUGCUUACGGACGACGCUCGGACGGACAUGCCGCCCAAUGACCCGGAUCGUCCGAUCGAUGCGGUUGUGGUUGGGCUUGCGCCGGAACGGUUUUGUUACGAGCAUCUGAACGAGGCGUUCCGGGUACUGCAUCAGAAACGCAACGAUAAACCUCCGACGCUGGUAGCCACCCACGAGGGACGCUAUUAUAAGGCAAAGGACGGAAUCGCGCUCGGACCGGGUUGCUUCGUAAAAGGGCUCGAGUAUAGUACUGGCGUAAAACCCGUUUGCAUUGGAAAACCGAACGAAUACUUUUUCCGUUCCGCGCUGCCGGAGGACAUUGCCGUCGAGCAGUGCGUAAUGAUAGGUGAUGAUCCAACGGACGAUUGUCUCGGAGCGAUGCAAAUUGGAAUGAAAGGUUAUCUGGUGGAGACCGGUAAGUACCAGCCGGAGAUGUAUACUGAAGAAAAUCGUCCGGCAGUGAGUGGAAUAUUUGCCACCUUCAGUGACGUCGUAGACUAUAUGGUUGGAAAAGCAAAUAAUGAUUAGACACCAUCUAGUAUUAUAGAAUGGAUGAAAUUCAUGUAAGCACAUCCCACUCUUUUUUUAAUUUUCUGAUCAAUCCAAGCCAAUUUGCGAUAUUUUUUAAAUU